AUGAAUGAUAGCCACCCACACGUUCAACUCAGCAGCGCAACGUCCCUCGGUCUAUCAUUGUGGUUUUCCUCUUCUGGGUUAGCAGCUGUGACAGGAAACGCAAUAAUAUUAUGGUUGUUUAUCAAAAACGUGUCUCUACGCCCAAUUUCCAACCGAUUCUUAGCCUCAUUAUCCGUAGCAGACCUUUUAGUAGGGCUUGUUAUAAUUCCUUUAUGGAUCUUUGUCAUAUAUUGGUCACCAGUUAGCACGUUGUUAAUCUGUAAGGUUCUGUGGGUUCACACAACCGCCGCAACUACUUCGAACAUACGAUGUGUUUCUGUAGAUCGGUUUAUUGCGAUUCAGUUUGCUUUCCGCUAUCAGGACCUUGUGACUAGGAAAAGAUGUUACCCGACGAUUAUUUUGGUGUGGCUAUUUUCAUUAAUUAUUGCUUUCUGUUUGUUGCCACUUUGGGUUGAGGCAAUCGCUUUCACUUCUUCAGCAAUCAAUCUAUUUAUAUAUUACUUUCGAAAUUAA